UUUCCGUCUUUCUUUGUGUCUGUCUGUGUGGUUAUCGCCCCCUCCUUUCGCUACCAACCGGAAGGUGUGGCCGACUCGAGGCGAUUCGUAAUCGUUACUUAGUGGUCGGACCGCAGACCUCGCCGCGUGAAGAAGAGGACACCUUCGGCGAACCACAGCCACAUUUACCUACCCACACCGACAGAAUGAUCACGGCGGGUCGGGAUGGGUUGGUGUCGGUGUGAUUAACGUAUCUCAAGGAGUCUUCCGUACCUAGAAGAACCAAGAGGCCGGGAUCCAGGCGAGAUCUGGCCGGGCAUGGUGUGAUCUGAGUCGGGCAGCCAGUCUGGAUCUGACCGGUGACCACCCGUCCUUUCCCCGGAGCCUUUGUGGCUCCAAGCCGCGUCCAGAGCACUCCAAGAUGGGGAAUUGUGACGGGAGAUGCACGCUGGUGGCGAUAUGUUCACUGCAGCUGAUGGCAGCACUACAGAGACAGGUGUUUGACUUCCUGGGCUACCAGUGGGCUCCUAUCCUGGCCAACUUCCUCCACAUCAUGGCCGUUAUACUGGGGAUCUUUGGAACCAUGCAGUUCAGAUCCCGCUACCUCAUACUGUAUGCAGUGUGGUUGGUGCUGUGGGUGGGAUGGAACUCCUUUAUCAUCUGUUUCUACCUGGAGGUGGGACACUUGUCUCAGGACAGGGACUUCCUGAUGACUUUCAACACGUCGCUGCAUCGGUCAUGGUGGAUGGAGCAUGGCCCUGGUUGCCUAGUAACACCAGUGUUGGACUCCCGCAUUGCCCCUGAUGACCACCAUGUCAUCACCGUCUCCGGCUGUCUCCUUGACUACCAGUACAUUGAGGUGUUGAGCUCCGCACUACAGGUCCUACUGGCUCUAUUUGGCAUUGUGUAUGCCUGCUACGUGAGCAAAGUCUUCCAGGAUGACGAGGAUAGCUGUGAGUGUUGCUCACCUUUCUUCCAUCGGUCUGAGUGUUCCGUCUGUCUGACUGUUCUGACUGUUCCAUCUGCAUCUGAGUGCUCUGUCAGCUUCUGAUCUUUCUCCCUCUGUCAGUUGAUUUCAUUGGUGGCUUUGACUCCUAUGGUUACCAGCCUCCUCAGAAGACCUCCCACCUUCAACUGCAGCCCCUCUACACGUAAGUAACCCCUGACCUCUAACCUUUCAUCCUUUACUUCGCAGUGAUCCCUAACCCCCUAACCAUUAGGGAGGGAAUUGGUUCAACAAAAGAGAUCUACUUUUUAGUGUGACCUUUUUAGUUUUCCCUUGGGACUGUAUAUCAUUCUCUCUUUCAGUGCUGGGUAGGUGAAGGUGGCGGCCCUAUUAGACAACACCUCAGCAGGGAAGCGGAGUCGCCAUGGGAAUAGAACAUUCACUCUGUGUGUCACAGUACAACUGAACGAUAGACUCACCUGUGUGUGUAUGUGAAACCGUGUGUGUAUGUGUUAACCAAGGGUAAACUGACUGACACCCCUGAGGUGAAUGUACAGAGGGAGGAACCAGCAGUUCUAGGGGGAAGCAGGGGGAGAUGGCGGGGAGACACUGGGCGUGGUCACAUCCUAAUGGACACUGAGGAUAUUGAGAGGACACUGCACCUACCGGCUCUCCACAUUCCUGCGACCCCGUGUGUGUGUGUGGCGCUACAGGACUAGCUGGAUGACCUCUGAACUAUUGUGGAUGGGGCCUCGAAGUCACAUGAGGCACAGCUCUUCAUGUUGUCGUUUUAGAAUGUGAUGAUGUCGUAAUAGAACAGUCGAAUGUCGAAUUCCAAGCUUGUCCCUAGUUCUGUUGUGACAGGGUGACUUUGUUUAAACACAAUCACGGCAAAAAUGGACUGGUUAGGGAUUGGGCUUUAGUGUCUCUGGGUAAAGAUUUGGGGGAUUCUGUGCAUGUACAUAUCCGGCUGAUGAAUGGUUGUUGUUUUUGUUUGGUGGUGAGGGGGUGAUCGUGUAGCCACGUCCCUUUACAUUUCACCUCUCACCUUUUAGACGACCCAGGGAGAAUCUCAAUUGCAUACUUCUCGCAUACUCUCCUCGCCUCCUUCUCAAAACCAAUUGGAGGAGAAUGUUCGAGGGGAGUGACCUCUGGCUUUCUCAUCCAAUGGGUUUUGAGAAGGAGGCGAGGAGAGAGAUGAUGUGAGGAGUAUGUAAUUGAGAUUCUCCCCCAAUGUCCUCCUUGACUUUGGGGGAGAAUGCGUCCUCCCUCACACCCUACUAUCCUUCCUUCCGUUUAUUCUCUCCUUACACUUCAUUCACUCCCUCUUUCCUUCCCUCCAUCCCUAAAGAUACAGUAUCACUGGUCUGACCUGAUGAUAUUGAUGAAAGGAAUAUAUGAAGGACACUGAUUUAUUUCACCAACAUACAAUAGGUCUGGUCAGGGAGCGUUUCCAGGAAGGAAGAGAGGAGAGGGCAGGGAGGAGAGGAUAGGAGGGCUGUAUUUCUGAAGUGGUUUACUUGGGUGAG